AUGAAUCCUACUCCACUCAGUCAACUACCACUGCAGUUUUCUUUCCUUGUGGACCCCCCUGCUCUCUCAUGUCAGGAGGGCGCCUAUCUGCCGAGAUUAGUGUCUCCAACACCUGUAAAUGGACAACACAUCACUGCAGAGGUUCACAAAGAGGUGGAGAUCAGAGUGAAAGCAGAAGCCACAAUUUCAUCAAUCCAAAACAUCAUCAUGAGUGGGCCAACAAAUAUCACCAAACACAGAACUACCAAUGAAGAGUUUGUCCUUAAGUGGACACCUACAGCAGAUGACCUGGGAGAUCAUUACUCGGUCUGCUUUGCUGUGGAAGCUGCAGUCGGGUCCUCCAUAUAUCAGUCUGAAAUGAGGUGCGUUGUAAUGGACGUAAAGAAGGAACAAAUUAAGGCCACAGUGACUUGCACUGAAUCCAUAAUGAAAGUAGAGAUUGACAGGUCUUCCUUCUUUGGGCUUAAUGAGGAUCAUCUUUGCCUCAGUGACCCCACCAACACCAUUUGCAACCUUAGGAGACACUCCAACAACACUCACUUGGUUGCCAUCAUCCCCCUCAAUGCUUGUGGCACUCAGAUUGAGGAAGAUGACGAUUAUCUCAUUUUCAAAAAUGAGAUCACAUCAGUGGAUGAAACCCCAAAUGAACUGAUCACCAGGAAGCACCUGGUAGAAGCCCGGUUCUACUGCCAGUACCAGAAGCGUGGGAAUGUGACCCUGGGCUUCACGGCACACAGAAAGAAUGUCACAGUGUGGGAAAAAGGCUUCGGCACGUUCACCUAUCAGUUUGAGUUCUACUCAGACAAUCAGUUCAGAACCAUGAUCAGUCCAAACUCCUACCCUCUGGACUAUGACAUCGGAGAGAGGAUUUACAUGCAGUUAGACGCCAGCGAUUCAGUCAACAACACCGAGAUGUUUGUGGAGUCCUGCAGAGCUGCACCAUACGAUAACCCCAACUAUCACCCAACCUAUUCCAUUAUUGAGAACGGUUGCAAAGUUGACCCGACUGUUCAGAUCCACUCUUCUUCCAACAAGCGACAGUUCAAGUUCAGCAUGGAGGCCUUUAAAUUCAUCGGCCUACACGACCAGGUGUACAUCAGCUGCACAGUCAUGAUGUGUGAAGCAGGCAACUCUAACACCAGGUGCUCUCAGGGAUGCACAAACUCCACUUGGUCCAGCGGUCACAGCAACCGCUGGAAGAGAGAAGCUCUCAUUCAGAGUGGAAAGCACUUCAUUUCCCAGGGUCCUCUGAGGCUGAAGCGGUCGGCUGAUGCCAGAGAUGUCUCAGUGGUCAACCUGAAUCUGAACACGGCGUUCAUUGCUGGAUGUCUCCUGGCUGCUGUUGGCAUGAUCUGUGGUGCGCUCGUCUACAAAAACAAAAUGUCCAAGGUCAAAUACCAACCUCUGCCCUCGGAUAACAAUUAA